ACCCAUUUUACCAACUAUCGUAUUCUGGAUAGGAGUAGUUUCCCUUUAUAGGAGAACUGAUGGUAUUUUGAUUUCAAAUUAAAUUACGGAUAUGCUAAAAUGAAUUUGUAUCGUGCCACUGAGAAUUUUGUGUAUAAAACAGAUGAAUGUAUCGGGCGGGGAGCUACUGGAGAUGUGUACAGAGGUGUUCACAAGGUGACAGGAGAAGAAUGUGCCCUGAAAUUGUGCGACCCUCGCUUUGCACAGCAGCUUCAGAGAGAGGUAGAGGCCAUGAAGCAACUUCAGCAUCCCAACAUUACCAAGUUCUACCAGUUGGAGUAUGAUAAGGAAAGUACAAAACCUAUUCUUGUCAUGGAACUUUGUGAGAAGGGGAACCUUCUGGAGGUGCUCAGAGAGCCCCGCAAUGCCUUUGGUCUAGAAGACAAGGAAUUUCUCAGAUUUUUUCGCCAUUUAGUGUCUGGAAUGAAACAUCUUCGUCAAAACGGAUUCUCACACCGUGACAUAAAACCUGGCAACAUUCUGGUAUAUGUAGCAGAUGAUGGCAGCUAUGUCUACAAACUGUCUGACUUUGGGACUGCUAAACCUUUGAAGGAUGGGGACUUUUUUCAGUCUUUAGUUGGAACAGAGGAAUAUCUGCAUCCCCACAUUUUCAAAGCCGCUUUCAUCGAUCGCUAUCGUCCACGAGAAUUUGACAUCUCUGUAGAUCUGUGGAGUCUAGGGGCUACCUUGUAUCAUGCCGCCACUGGGAAGGUCCCCUUCCAACCCUACCAUGGACGUGGGGAUAAAAACACCAUGUUUCAGAUGAUCUCAAAGAAAGAUACUGGAGUGAUAUCUGGUGAGCAGACGUCUGCAUCGGGUUCUAUUAUUUGGUCCAAGGAAUUACCCAAAACUUGCAUGCUUUCAAAAUAUCUCAGGGAUACACUGACAGAGUUUUUAGUUCGUCUUUUGGAAUGCCAGGCACACAAAAUGUGGACGUUUGAUGGCUUUUUUUGGGCUGCAGAUGAUCUUCUUGAGAAACAUAUACUUCAUCUGUUUUCUGUAGUAGAUUCACAUCUCUAUCUCAUCUACAUGGACCCAGAUAACAAAUUCUCCGACUUGCAGAAAUGUGCCCAAGAGCAGAUGCACACACAAAUAAAAUCACCAUACUUUGUUCUUCACAAUCGUGAGCUCAGAGAAUCGGUUUCAGAGGAGGACCCUGUGAGGUCUUAUCCUGUGACAUCAGCAGAUGAUCCUAUAGUGGUUUUACCCCUCAAAGAAGGCACCUUGCUCUCCACUCGAACAUCGGUUGACUCAACACUAUCCAUUAUCAAUGAAAUAAAUCCCGAGUUUGUUGAUGAAGAUUCGGUGACCCGUGAUGAAGAUUACCGCAUGGCUCGCUCCAUGUGUAUUUUAACCGCCAUGAUUCUGAGAGCCAUUAGACAUGCUGCAUCUGCACAUCAACUACUGAGUAAGACGUCACAGAGUUGCAGGUAUGAAGAGCAAUGGAAGUUUUCAUCACUUCAGUGUAGUAGCAGGUGUGUUGAGGAACGAUAUAGAGACAUCACCCAGAUCAUGUCCACUGAUAAGAGGAGAUCACUAUUUCCAAUCAUUACAGAGAAUGGAGACAUUGAUGGGGACAAUUUUAAACAAAUAGAUAAUAGACUAGAUAUCUGCACAUCAUUAUUAGAAGAAUGUAAAGAAAAACACAAAAAACUGGAUGAGUUGACUAAAAUUAUGGAUUCCAUAACUCAAGAAAAUAUAGAGGCAAGUGUUGAGAGAACAUUUAAACAAAUGACGGAUACGCUGCAGAAGUUUUCAGAAUACCGAAAGUUAUCUCGCCUAUCCUACCACGACAAGAAACUCUACACAUUUGUCAAGACCUCAAUGACCUUCCACUACAAGCAUGCUGUGUCGUAUCUAAAGAAAGUACAACAUUCCAUGGCCACCAUGUUCACAGCAUUCAGAAGAUGGCACAGUGCCUACAUAAAGGUGUUAGAGGCACACAAGGAGAUGGAUACUGCCAAUACUGAGAUAUCCAGACAACUUCAAGAACUGAUCAGUAAUGUCAAGGAGCCUCCUCCUCUGCCUUCAGUGCAGAAGCCAUCCAUGAAACAGAGACAUUUGUCUGAGCAAGUCAAAAACAGGGUAUCUGUUAUAAGUAAAGACAUUAGUGAGUCUAAGCAGAUGGCCCUGGAAUCCAGGGACCACAUGGAAAGGUGGACCAAAUUGAUGGUUGACCUGGUGGAUUGUGAACUUUCCAGCUGAAUAUUUGGCCUUUUUAAUGUGCUUAUAAUGUUGAACUUCAUGAAUGCAAUGACCAGUUAUAAACUGCUUACAAUCUGUGAUACUUGUGUUGAGCACAUAAUGUUGACAGUGAAAUGAAUAAUACAUGAUUAUGUGUUUUUCCAGUCUGAUUAAGAUUACAUGUUGGAUUACAUUUUAUAUAUGCGAGAGGAUCAGAGUCUGCAUUGAAAUGCAGAAGCCAUAUAAGAAUCACGUUUUUUGUCUGUCCAUCUAAUAAGAAAAGAACAUACUGCUUUAUUUUCAUGUAUGUAUAUUUAUUGUGAUACAACAACUUAAACAGUUUUCACCAUAACAUUUUCAAAUUUUGUACAAAAAUGUUUUACAAUAAGAGAAAGAAGAAUAUAUUUUGGGGUCAAAUCACUUUGUCUGUCUAUCUGUAUGUACGUCUAUAGAUGUCUACAGUUUUCAAAUUACAUGUGUAUACAGAAGGAGUUGAAUAUAAAAAAGACACUUAGGCCAAAAUAAAAUCAUAGUUUGUUUGGAAUUGCCGCCCGCCUCAUCAGAAUUAUUCCCGCUAGAAAAAUUAUUUUGACAAAAUUAUUCAUAAUUUUUUUUUUUGUUUCAUUGGUAAAUUUUUUUAUAUAAUAUUUUUGAGUGAUGAGGUCAAAUCAAAGGUCAGGGUCACAACAGACCUGUAAUCUAAGUUUGAUACAUUUUCAUUGUGACACAAUAUCUUGAAAAGUUUUUAACGUUCAGUUUUCAUAUUCUACAGAAAGGUAGUUGUUUAGUAAAAAAGACAUAUAAUUAUAUAUAUAUCACUAAAAUGACCAUGACAAAUGAAUUCACAGUGCAUGAUAAUUUAAGGAAUCUCAAAGGGUACAAGUUGUUUUUUGCACCGAUUUUAUCAUUGUCAUGGAGAAUAAUUAUGUCAUUCAUGAAAAUUUGAUAAUCUAAUUGUUCAUGUUGUAAGCUGUUUCAGUGCUAUAUAUAAUUUUUGUACUUGACCUUGUAUCCACUUGUGGAGCUGACACGGUAUCGAGUAUUGUGUGUUUGGGUGGGGUGUGUGUGAAGCAGAACAGUUUCAAUAUGAUUUAAAAGAAAAUAACAUUAUCCAAAAAUAAUCAUAUCAUUGAUAAUUGUGUUGGUACUUCAGGAAAUUGAACCCAGGACCCCAGCAUUAUCAGGUGCUCUAACUUCUUCAGGGAAUUGAACCCAGGACCCCAGCAUUAGUAAGUGCUCUAACCACUGAGCUUUAUUCAGGCCAAUAUAUGUGGUCCAUUUAGCCCAAACUACUACAUUCCUCCCUCCUUUAACUGUCUUUGCCCUUGAACACAUAUAUAAUCCUGGGGAGCUCACCAAUAUAAUAACAUUAGUGGAAAUGUGUAUGUAUAUAUGAAUAAAUGACAUUUUAUUUAUGAAAGUUUUGGACAGAAGCAGGAAUAGACCCCAGGUGCCCUGCGUUACUACUACUAGUCUGGUGCUCUAUAGCCAUUGAGCUAUCCAGGCUGAUAUCCAUGGUUUAUAUAGACUUUGAUACUAAAUAAUACAGGAAUUAAGUUCUCUGUGGAUCCCUUUCUGGCUCAGUCAGUUUUGUAACUUUAAUUAAAUUAAUGUAUAUCAAAAUGUAAGCAGUACUUGUGUUUCAUUUUAUUGCUUUUGUUUUCUCAAAUUGUUCAUUUUGAAUAUCAUUAUGUGGUGAUUUCAUGUUCAUUUUGAAUUAAUCAUUAUGUGGUGAUUUCAUGUUCAUUUUGAAUUAAUCAUUAUGUGGUGAUUUCAUGUUCAUUUAAUGAAAGUGAAGAAUUAAUUCACUUAUUGUUUUAGAAUUUUAUACAAUGUUUUAUUAAUCCAGUUCUGUAAUUUAAGAAAAGUUUUGUGUUGCUAAUUUUGUAAACUAUUGAUUAAAACUUCUAAUAUUCAUUUAGGAGAGGGACUUGUAAGUUGUCAGAACUUGUUCCCAAUCCUUUUGAUUUCAUCAAUAAAAUAUGUUCAAAACAAA